AUGCUCUCCGUGUGUGUCCUUGCCGCCCUGGCAAUUGCAGCCAGCAUGUGGCGGCUGCGCCUUUUCAUCACUGCACGAAAGACGCCUGGCGGCCUCAAAGAUCUCCCGGGGCCCAAGGGCUAUCCAAUAAUCGGCAGCAUACUAGAGUUCCCAAAGACUUUCUCGUAUCACAAGUUCAAGGACUGGUCGGACAAAUACGGACCUAUUUUCCAAGUCAAGAUCUUGGGCACGACCCACGUCGUCAUCUCAGAUGUCGAGAUUGCGAAUGAUUUGCUUGCCCUGAGGGGAUCCUGCUACUCAGACCGCCCGCGGAUCGUCAUGCUCCACGAACUUGUCUCUAGAUAUGGCAAUCUGGGAUCCAGUCCACAAAAUGAAUACUGGAAAAACGGCCGCAAAUUCUCAUCGACGACGCUAUCAUCGAACGCCCUUGAGCAGUGGAGUGCGGUGCAGGUAAACCAGGCCGCAAGGCUAGUGUAUGACCUGGUCAGUGAUGUCAGCAAGUAUGAAUACCUCUUCGAGCGCUAUUCAGCGACAGUGGCGCUCAGAGUCCUCUACAACAAAUCCCUCUCGAGAUGGGAAGAAAAGGAACAUCUUGACAAGAUAGCUGCAAUAGUCCGCACACUCGAACGAACUGGCGCUCCUGGUGCCUAUUUAGUGGAUUUUAUGCCUUUACUCAAGUACCUACCGUCGUGGCUGGCGCCAUUCAAGGCAGAAGCAAACCGGCUACAUGAAUUUGAGUAUUCCUACUUUCGCAAUCUCCUCGUCGAGGGUCAACAGCAUUUCCGCUCCGAGAAUGACAACGCCAAGAGACCCCAGGCCUUGAUCCAAGCAUAUGUAAGCAACAAGGGUUCCUGGAACUUGAGUGAUUUUGAGAUCGCUUAUGUUAUGGGGACGCUGCUGGAAGGAGGUUCUGGGACUACAUCAUCUGCCAUGCAGUCUUACUGUCUAGCUAUGUGGCACUAUCCUGACUGGCAGAAGAAGGUCCAAGACGAAAUCGAUCGCGUUGUGGGAGAUCGACUGCCUUCGUUCGAUGACUGGCCUGAUCUACCAACCGUACGUGCGGUGAUGAAGGAAACAAUCAGAUGGAGACCCGUUGUUCCCGGAGGUAUUCCUCAUCGCGCCACGAAAGACGAUACUUAUAAUGGCUUCUUCAUCCCGGAAGGCGCUACUGUCCACGCAAACCAAUACGCCAUGUUUAAGAAUGAAGCCACGUACCCCGACGCCGAGGCCUUCAACCCGGAACGAUGGCUAAACCCAAAUUAUCCAACCUACCAAGAACCUCUGACCCAGUACCCGAAUCUCAAGCGCUUUCCUGCCUUCGGAUUUGGUCGAAGGAUUUGUCCCGGGCUUGUGCUCGCAGAGCGGUCGCUGUUCAUCGAGAUCUCAAUGUUGAUGUGGCUAUGCAGCGUGAGGAAGAAAGUGGACGAGGAGGGCCAAGUGAUUCCUGUGCCGUGGUAUGACUACAAACCCGGCAACAAUACCGGGCCUAACAGGUUCGAUUUCGAGGUGGAGGUGCGCGACGAACAGAGGUUGCAGAUCCUGACAAACGUGGUAGGGAUUUCGUGA